GUUAUUAUUUUCACUGACUUUAAUGCUUAACAGAUUUGUAUACUGAUAUAUUGUAUAUGUAUUGUUUAUAUUAUACUAAUUACCCAACCUCAAAAUACUCUUCAUUUUUGUGUUUCACUAAACAAACAGCCACCUUGUUACGUGGUCUGGGUAUACGUGAAUUAAUACCAGAAUUUAAGAAAAGAAAUAUAUCAACUGAUAUACUACAUGAGCUUAGUACAGAAGAACUAAUAAUAUUAGGUGUUGAUCCUCAAAAGGCUGAAGAACUGAAAAAUACUUUAAAUGUCAAAAAAAGAAAGUUUAGAAUUACACAGACAAAUGUUCAAGACAGGCUCCAACAUUUUCUUGAAAUAAUUAAACACGGAGAACAGCAAUUGUCUCUGAUACAGGCAUUUGUAGCAUAUUGUAGACUAAGACUCGCAAAAGAAAGAAUUAACAUUUUUAUUGAUCCUGAUAAAUGUUUGAGUGCUUCUGAAGUAUUGCCUGGAUCUGUUAGUGCAACAUUAGCAGAAGUGAAAGAAGCGCAAAAAAAUCUUUCUCUACUUCAGGAAUUAAUUCUAAGGCUCAGUCGCAAUAAGAUGGACGGUGGAGCGUACGGUGGAGGAAAGGCUGGAGCCCCUUUCGAUCCCAUUGCCUUCGUCCAAAGGCCUCAAGUCAUCUUAAGAGUAGUAUGCCUGCUAUUCGCAAUAAUUGUAUUCGGAUGCAUAAGCAACAAGGGGUACAAGACAGGACCAGACGAAAAAGAGGUGUGCCUCUACAACGAGGAUCACAACGCUUGCAAUUAUGGAAUAGGAAUUGGAGUUCUCGCCUUCCUUGCAAGUAUCGGAUUCCUUGCUGGGGAAUACCUCUUCGAGCAGAUGUCCUCCGUUAAGACCAGGAAACACUUUGUUCUUCUUGAUUUAGGCUUUUCAGGCUUCUGGGCAUUCCUCUAUUUCGUCGGAUUCUGUUAUUUAACCAAUGCUUGGAAUAACUCGAAAACACCGGAGGACAAUUAUGGCGUGAACAAUGUCCAAAGCGCCAUCGCUUUCUCCUUCUUCUCCAUUUUCACCUGGGCUGGCUGUGCCUGGUUCGCCUUCCAAAGAUUCAAGCAAGGAACCGAUGCUGCUUUUGCACCCAGUUACGAAGCUGAUCCAGUUGGUGGAACAGGAUAUACAAGUUACCCUGACGCGACUGAUACAGGCUAUCAAGAGCCACCAUUUGGACAGCAACAACAACAGCAACAGCAACAGCGAAUGCCUGAUUUCCGAGCCCCGACUUACUAACCCUUUCACACAUAAUUUAACGCUCUCGACACAACGCAAGAAAAUAAAUAGAAAAAAAGAAGAUAGAAGCUCUGUGAAGAGACAUUGAAUAAUGUCGAUAAAGUAAAUUUUCAUAGUACGACAACUAGUGAUUGAAGAGGGGACAAGAAGACGGGCAAACGAGGGAAACAAAGAAGCAGGCUAGAAGAAGAUAAGACGGGAGGGAAAGGGAGAAUGUUCACGUAUAUAUGUAUGUAUGCCUGAGCGUGCGUGUACAUGUGUGAAAGAGAAGAGAAAUACUGAAUGAAUGUGUACAAGCAAAAAAAAAAAGAAACAACAAAACGUUACUUGUUAAAACUGUGCUUCUUAUUGUUGACCACUUGUAAGUCUUACGCCUAAUGUCAAGUGGCGUAAGCUAUGAAGAAAAAAAGAAAAAAAAGUGGGUUACCCACCCUUGAAUACACAUAAAAUCAAGAAGGAGUGUAAGAAAGCGGUAGACAGAUUAAUGGGCACUCUACAAAAUAAUAUAUGAAAUAUAAAUAUAUAUAUAUAUAUAUUCAGGUGUGCCGAAAAUAGUGCUGUACAAGCGAGAAAUGUAAGAUUUUGCGCCAGAAAGAAACCUAGAAAAAUGAAGUAACGUUUCAGUUUUCUCAAAUAAGUUAUAAUCUAAAUUAAAUGCAAACGCAGCUUCGUCAUCUCAUCAUACAUUAAUGUUUAACCCGUUAACUUGGAAAGACAAAUCAUUAUUAAUUCUUUUAAUUGAAAAUUUAUUUGUAAAAAAUCACAUUAACUCUAAUUAUUGAAGUAAUUGUUAUUAUAUUUCCACGCCACUUUUCAAACCCAAGAAAAGCCCCAAGAAAAAAAAGAUUAUUUACCAGAAUAUUUACCUAUUUAACGGGUUAAUUCAUGAACGCACAGCUGCAAUCAUUAGCGAGAUAACUGAACAUGAGAAACGAUUACUCUUUUCUGUAGUCUGUUCAGUACCGAGCGAGGAAUUCUAUAUUUUUCAUUUGUAUCGCCGUUUUCAGAACACUGUGUGUAUUUACACGUAUAUAUGUAUACAUAUUACAUAUAUACCUAUAUGUAAUUGUAAACAAGAUAAAAAGAUAGCGGCUCUGUAAUAAUUCUUAAGUAGUUACAUGCACAUAUAUUUUACCGUGUUGAUAUAAACGUGUUCAUAGAGAAUCGCAAAGGCGACUGUACUACCGUUAUAACAAGAUCUAUCGAAUAUUUAAGAUUCUGUUGACGAUCUAUUCCAUUUCAUCAUUGUCUCCAUUUCAACUUAUUGUAUAGAGGCUAUUUUAUUUGCAAUAUUAUUGUUACCGGUUAACACGUUGACUACUGUGGGGAAGAUCGGUACUCUCAUUUUGGUUUAGUCCAUCAGCAACCUAAAAAAGUAAAAAAAAUGUUAGUAUUAUUACAAAAAAAUUUUCUAAAAGUUAACAUUAUGAAUUCCUAACUUAUAUGAGGAGAUUACACAUUUAUUUUAAUAGUGGUAGUCAACGCAUUAACAUAUCAAUGAAUUGCAAAUAUGCUUUUCAAUAUUAGGUAUACAAAUUAAUUUGGUGCUUCAAAAAAAAGAGAAAUCAAUGAUUUAUUUCUACAAAAUUAUAUUAUAGUCUUAUUUCACCGACGGAUAAUUUUUGGAUUUGAAAUCGUAAUAAAUAGAAAGUACUGAAUUAAUUUAUACACCUAAUAAAGUGACACCGGUACAUCGCAGUCAUAUUUCAAUCGGUGAUAAUUCCGUGCGAUCUCAAAAGAAAAAAAAAAACAUAUUAAAAGUCAAAGUUGAUCUGUUAAAUUUCAUUAAUGUUAAAUUACGUUGUAAGCGAUUUCAUUAUACAAGUAUGAUUAAGGAUAUAAUUGAGAAAUUGGGAAAGCAAUGGUUCAAGCAAUUUUAAGAAUGUACAAUUGGUAAAUUUAAUUAAAUAUUACAAGGGACGAAUCAAAGAAGAUACACUCGGUAAAUAAUAUAUUUAAAACUUUGUUUUAUAUCCUUUCCUUUCUAAGUAUUAUUUCAUAUAUGUAUAUAAGAAUAUAAAGUAUUGUACCAUAUUAUUUUUCACCCAGUUUCUCAGUAUACUUGAUAAUAUGAUUGAACGAGUAUUUAUAAAGUUUAAUUCUGUUCUUCUUUUACAAUAUUAAUUUUAUAUUGCUCCAGUAUUGAAUACCAUUUAGUUAUACAGAUAAUUCCAUACCGAAUGUGUACUUCUUAAUUAAUAUAACAAUAGAUGAUGAUAAAUAAUUUGUACAAUCCCUUUUUAUUGUACUUAAACUAUUGAGUUUUUGUAUUUGAAAUAUUCACGACCAAUUGAAUAAUAUUGGAGCGAUGUUGAAGACAAAUUUUGCGAUUAAUUGCAUGAAUAUUCUUUGUCUCGAGCUAAGUAUACUGCCUCGUUGUGGUGGCCAAUUUAAUUAGCGACUUGAAGCAACAAAUAAAACAUUUGUUUCUAUGAUAAUUUCUUCCAGAACGUUGUUAAUAUUUUCUUUAAUAAUUGGUGAUUUAUAAUGUCCAUAAUGACAACACUAUGACAGAAAUGUUGUACUUAUAUUUCUAUUUCAUGAUUUUCUUAGAAAUCUUAUUUUUAUUCGAAUAUUGUAUCAUGAAAUAUAUGAUAUAGUGUUGUUAUUGUUUUGGACAAUCUCUUCCAAAAAAUAUCUUGAUACUAAAUUUUUACCUAUACUUUACUUUUUCUAAAGACAAUUAUUUACUACUUCACAACGUGAACACUGUUCUUGCUGCGAGAAAAAAGUACAUAUUUAUUAAAAAUGAUAUUGAUAAUUAAAUAGUUGUUGUAUCGUUGUGAUUAUACCAGGUGUCUCAUUAUAACAAAACAAAGUUCAUUGUACUUUUUUCCCUUAUUUUUAUUCGAUGUACCAUUAAUCUGAAUUCUUACUUUUUUUAAUUAUAAUUAUAAAAAAAAGCUUCUGAGACAUCUGGUAUAUAUCGUAGUUGUAUUUGUAUUUGAAGCAGUAAAGAUCUGAGUGUUUAGACAGAAGUAUAAUCAUGUAAUUAACUAGAUGAAGAUGUAUGUAAGUAAUUAUUUCUAUUCGAGUCGAACGAUCGAAUGAUAGUCAAAAAUUAAUAAUAUAAUAGCUUCGAUUCAUUCGCUCUGUAACUGUGGGUUAAAUCGCCACAUUCUUGAACCAAAAUGAAACUGCGUUUACGCUUAAGGCAAAAAAUAAGAUAAUUCCUGAACGAA